AUGAAAGAAAAUGGAGAAAUUGAAAUUGAAAUAUCAGAAUGUUCAUUUAUUAGUGCAAUGACACUUACACUCAAGAGUGAUGAAAAUAUACCCGAAAAAUACAUUCUUCCUCCAUUGCAAAGACCAAACCCGAGGCUCAUGGACCACCCUUCAACCAACCUCCCCCUCAUUGAUCUUUCAUUGUUGAAGGAUCCUUUAUUUAGAUCUCAAACCAUCAAUCAAAUUCAUACAGCUUGCAACAAACUCGGUUUCUUCCAGGUGGUAAACCAUGGGAUUCCUAUUUCAGUAAUGCAAGACGCUCUAGACAUUGCAAAAGAGUUCUUUCACUUGCCUAGCAAAGAGAAGAUGCAAUUUGCUUCAGCUAAUGUUCGUGAGCCUGUUAGAUAUGGCACUAGUAUGAAUCAUGGGACAGAUAAGAUGUUUUUUUGGAGAGAUUUCAUCAAGCAUUAUGCAAAUCCCAUCUCAGAAUGGAUCCAAUUAUGGCCUUCAAACCCUCCAACUUACAGGUAA